AUGAAUGGCUUAUUAUUAAAUAUGAUAGUCUUUUUAUUAAUUCCUUUAUGUUUUAGUGAUCUUAAUAGUACUGAAUCAUCAAUUAGAAGAUGUGAAAAAUGUUCUCCAUGUUGGAAUCUUUUCGAGAACAAUUAUGCACCUUGUUCGAAAAUGAACUACACUAUGGGUGUAUUUAUGAUCGUGCAGCCGAUUUGUAUCGAUACAUGUAUCUUACUUAUUAUAUUAUUUGUUAGUAUGGUUACUCUCAUACUCGGCUGUAUUUGGCUUCUUUAUUUAUGGAUCAAACCUUGUCAAGAUGAUGAUACAAGGUAUAUUAUAAAUGGAUUGAUAAUUAUUUAA